AUGGCUCCUAAGAAGUGGGACGAAGAAGAGAGCGAAGGCAGCGACUCUGCCCCCGAAACCGCGCCUGUUGGUGGCGCUCGCCGAAAGUUUGAUGAUGAGGAAGAUGAUGGCGACGUGCUUGACUCUUGGGAUGCUGCCGAGGACUCUGAAGUAGAGCGCGAGAAGGCAGCCAAGGCUGCCGCUGCUAAGGAAAAGGCCGCCGCCGCCGCUGCCGCUUCUAAGAAGCCCAAGUCCCAGCGUAUCGCCGAGCAUAUCGCUGAGCGUGCCCGUGUUGCGGCCGAGAGCGACGAAGAGAGCGACGAAGAGACGGAGGCCGAGCGCCGUGAACGACUUCGCCGCACUGAGCAAGAGGCUGACCUCAAGCAUGCCGAGGACAUGUUUGGCAGCAUCGGCAUCAGCGCCGGGCGAAAGUCCAAUCCUUCUGGCACCAUGGUCGCGGACCCCAGCAACCCUACGAACCUCAUCAACCUCGCCAACGUCCCAAUUUUCAACCCCCAGACAAAGCUGCAGUUUGAGAAGUUGCGGGCUCUUCUCACGCCCCUGAUCACCGCAAACACCAAGAAGGCUCACUAUGGUCUCUUCCUGGAAGAGCUCUCUAAGGAGCUGGUCAAGGAGCUGAACAGUGAUCAGAUCAAGAAGAUUGCCAGCACUCUUACCCGCGCAAGCAACGAGAAGCUGAAGGAGGAGAAGGCGGGCGACAAGAAGAAGACCAAGGCUGCUAAGACAAAGACCUCUCUUGUCACCAGCCGUGCUAACGUAGCUGAUACGGCCACCUAUGAGGACGACGCUUUUGGAGAGUAA